GUCCUGUGUUUGGGGAAAUACCGUAAACAAACCGUCUUUUCUGUCAACUUGACCGAGUGUUUUGUGUUUCAUUUCAGGUCAUUGCGACUCUGAAUCCUAAAUUCAACACCGUCUUUCGAAUAGCCACGUUUGUUUUGGUCGUGCGAAGCUGCUCGGACCACAGUCUCGCUGUGUGUAACCCGGAGGAGGACGUGUUUUAGGCUUGACAGAUAUCUUUUUUUUUUUUUUUUUUGCAUCUUUACGUUACCGCUUUGAGAAGAGAGAAACCAUGUCUGAUAUAAUUCUGGUGCUCCUGCUACUCGUGCUGCUGGUGUGUUUGAUUGUGACAGUGGGGGGCUUACUGAUAUACUCGGGACUACUGAGUGACGUGAUCAUAAAGACUGGGCCACCUCCUGUCAGAAAUGUUACCAUUGCUUAUAAGUUCAGAGAAGGAUCGUACAAGGACUGCGGUGCAGCCUACACAGAGAGCUGCAGCAUUGGGCCAAAGCUCAACACCGUCGGUGUCUUCUACGAUGACCCCAAACAGAGGCCAGCAGAGAAAUGUCGCUACGUGGUGGGCAGUGUCCUGUGCGAGGGGGAAGAGAAGCCGGAUGAAGAACUGCAGAAGAUGUAUGAGAAGUUUGGCUUCAAGGUGUUUUCUCUUCCUGAAGUGAGCCACGCUGUGACCACCAGCUUCGACUGCACCACCCCGCUGUCUCACGUGGUGGGACCCUACAGGGUCUACCCCAGGCUCGCUUCCUACAUCGAGGAGAGGAAGCUGUGUGCAUUCCCGACUAUUGAGAUCUGUAGCCAAGAUGUCAUCAAAUAUAUGGUUCCACUGUCUCGCCAGACAGACUUCUUUGUUCCAGAGAUGAAGGAGGAGGUGAAAACGGAUGUUAAAGAAGAGGACUCUGAUGAGGACAGGGGAACUGACAUUACAGGUAAUGUGUACUUUGUUCAUACAACCCAGACCUAUCUUCACAGCGCUGUGUUCAGCGCUAAAGAAAGGUCUGGCUCCACACAUUAUCUUUCUGGUAUAAGGGGGUAUAAUAUGGCUUGUUUGUAUUUCUUUAACCCAAUCACAUUCGUCUUAGCGGCGCUAAACACAGGAUUCAGCGGCGGUGCCCUUGCAAAAUAGCGCAGAUAGCAAAAGGGGAGCAGAAUGUAGCCAAUGACAGACUUAUACCCACAGUCUACAUGUGGUGAGUCUAACUAAUUCCAACCAAACACUGUUGUUACUGUUGAGCCCUCAUUAGUACUAUAUAUUAAUGAUUGACUCAAAAAA